UGUUGCCUCCCUUUCUUGUAAAUUUGCUGACUUUGAAAAAAGUAAAUAAUGCUCGAAACUACUUUAUUUAACAAAAAUGCCAUACCGCCCGAGGCGUAAAAAGCCUUUUUUGUUAAAUUCAACGUUAAAAGAUGUAUUGGACAGAGUUUUCGAACUGUGCAAGCUGUUUGAAGCCAGUGAUGUGCACUGUUUUUUGAUGUUUGUUGUGAAGGCAGCCCCAGAUAAUGUUACAAGCUGCGGAACCAAACUGUUAAAAAAGUUCCUCAUCGACAAUCCAGACAUCGCAAAAGCAUUUGGUAGAUUUUGUAUACAAUUUAACACUGCAACAGUUGUUCAGAAAGAUUCCUGCAAUGGUGAGAUAACCAGUGAAACAGCUGAUGUUAAUUCAAGCACGUCAGAGUCACAAGUUGAGAUAAAAGAUGAACACAACAAUAUUGGUGAUAUUGAAGAUGAAAGAAAUGGACAUGCAGCUCAGACAUGUGAGAAACUGACCGGCAACAAACAGUUACAAAAUGGAGAUAAUGUAGAGUGUUUGUUGCACAAUGCAUCACUUCGAUGCAAACUCUUUGAGAAAAAUGGUAUGCAUGGUUUUGUGAUGUUUGCAAAGAAAUCAUCACCAGCAGAAGUCAUUUGCUGUGGGACCAGCCAUGGUGCCAAGUUUCUUGUUGACAAUCCAGAUAUUGGAAAAGAAUUUAGAACAUACUGGGGAUUCCGAUUGGUGAUAAACUAAAGCUUUUGAUGUUGGAGUCAAGAGAUCAAAGGUACUCAAUUUAAAAACGCACACAAAGAUCUAACAGAUACCCGAAACAGUGAGCCGAACAGUGAUACAACUGAUGUUCAUGAAAGCUUUUCAGAGUCACAUGUUAAGAUAAACAGAUUGCAAAGUGUUUGUUUCUCUGAAUGUACAAGAAACAAAGCUAAGACCGACGGAACAGGGGCAGGCGACCUACACCAUAGUGAACAGGUACAAUCUUUGAAGCAUGAACAAAAUUAACAUUUCAAAAAACGUUUAAAGAAUUCCUAAACCUUUGUAGAUCACAUGAGAUUUAAGUGCUAAUGGGCGCUACUGGUACUUACUAGACUCACAAAAGUGGGCACGAGUUUUGAAUAUAGCUGCAAUUUCCAGCUAUUGUUUUUUAUGACAGCUGGUGUCGACAUAAAGAGAUACAUGACGUAAAAUGUUCAUAGUUGGAGCAGUAUAUAACUGAUAUUAGUCGCCAGAUUAAAAAUGAAUUCCUCAUUUAUCAAAAAUUGACCCUAGAAGUCACGUGUUUGAUAAAAAAUUAGCCCUAUGGAGUUUUUUUGUUAUUACAUGUAGUUGUGUCUGUUUAAUUUUCAAGUUUACUAAUAAAGUGUAUUGCAGAAUUUAACAAAACAGGAUUUUGAGCGUACCCACUAUUUCAUUUGUUUAAAUUAUUGAAUGUGUUUCAAGAGAGCUAACACGGAUUUAAGAUAAGAGAGUGUUCAUAUUUGUUUGUUAAUUAUGUUGUCAUAGCCUAAUUAUAUUCAGUGUUCAUUCU